GAGCUAUCUGAAACUGAGUCUGACAGAGGUGAAAUUGUUAAUUUUUCUGUAGAAACUGAAGAUGAAUUCCAGACACAAACUAUUAGUGAAUCCGAGGACAGCGAAGUAAACGAAGAAGAACUAAGUAGAAAUAAACGGGCAAAAACGGAUCAGGGUAUUUGCAAAAGUGUUUUUACAGCUUCUAAUAAUACUAUAUGGAAUGAAAUAAAUUCCAAAAAUUCAGUCUUCGGCCGUGUUCCUGCUUAUAAUGUUCUAAAAGAAACAGCAGGACUAACAUCUUUUGCAGAGUGUCGUAUUUCUGAGGAUAAAGUGUCUAGUACUUUCAAGCAUUUUAUUGAUGAUGAUAUCUUGCUGCAUAGAAAGAAAUGUACAGAAUCCGAAGCUCAUCGGCAACUUGGAAAUAAAGACUGGAAGUUAUCUAUGGCUGAGUUAGAUGCUUUUGUCGCUAUAUUGUAUGUUUGA